CGACGCCCCGCCCCGUUCCUCCUACCCGAUCUAGGCUAGGGAUAAACCUUAGCUCUAUGGUGAAGGAUGCGAGCGGGGGCGCGCGGCGGUGAGGUAUCAGGCGCGGUCGAAGUGGCGUCACAGGUUUCUUAGCUGAAGGAGUCGGAGCGGCGGGUCGCGUGGAGCUUUGGUCAGCUGCCUUGAGGAGGGUGGGAAGAGCGAGCGGCUUUCCAACGGGGAAAAAACAAACAGAAAUAGGUGCUUUGCCGGCUCAAAGCUGUGUUCGGUGGGAUUUACUUCCAAGUGGACAGGACGAGUCUCAAUCCUUUGUAUGCACGCUUACUUGGGAUUAAGUUCCACUGAACUCGGUACUUUGUACAGAAUGGAGAAGUUGAACCUUGUAUCUGCAGAAGAUGCAGUGGAGUACCAGCUGUUCUUGAUGCAUGAACCAGAAAAUCCUGAACAUCUUCAAAAGAUUCUUCAGCAGUACAUUGAAGGGAUACUAGCACACCUUGCACCCAUGCUGGUUUCCUACAUUUGGCAAAAUCAGCCAUUUAAUCUAAAGUGCAAACCUGCAAAAGGAGAUACUCCUGCUCAUAUUGGUGGUCUCACAAAAUUUGGAGAUAACAUUGAAGAUGAAUGGUUUAUUGUAUACCUUAUCAAGGAAAUUACAAAAGAGUUUGCAGAAUUAGCAGCUAGGGUUGAUGAUAAUGAUGGUGAAUUUCUGCUGAUAGAAGCAGCUGAUUACCUUCCAAAGUGGAUGAAUCCUGAAAACAGCAGUAAUCGGGUAUUUUUUCACUGUGGGGAGUUAUGCAUAAUUCCAUUGCCAAAGAGUCCUGAAGAAGAGACAUUACUACCUGCUACCAAUCCUACAAUUCCUCAGGCACUGAAGUUGUUAUCUAUCCAUUCUGGUAGCUUUGUGGCUGCCAAAUCUGUUAGAACAGCAGUAUACAAGCGCAUCAGUGGGUAUCCUGAGAGAAUUCAGACUUUCUUUCACCGAGCUCACUGUUACCUUCCAGCUGGUAUUGUAGUAGUACUGAAGCAAUGUCCUGCGUUAAUAUCUGCUGCAGUCCAGGCUUUUUAUCUGCGAGACCCGAUUGAUUUAAGAGCAUGUCGCAUUUUCAAAACUUUCCCUCCUGAGACACGUGUAAUGACUUCCGUUACUUUUACCAAGUGUCUAUAUGCACAGUUGGUUCAACAGACGUUUGUACCAGACAGACGAAGCGGAUACUCAUUACCUCCUCAGUCACAUCCCCAGUAUAAAGCACAUGAACUAGGCAUGAAACUGGCUCAUGGUUUUGAAAUUUUGUGCUCCAAGUGUAGUUCACCUUCUCAUGAUUCCAAGAAAAGCAUGUUGAAUGGUCCAUUGUGGAAUACUUUUCUCAACAGUCUUAAGAAAAACAAUUAUUUUAAGGGUGAGCUGGAAGGUUCUGCUCAGUAUCUGGAUUUGUUGCAUAGAGCAGAAAGUUAUUUCCAACAUACUGUGAUCAAUCCACAAAGUUCAGUUGCUGAUAGCCCGGGUGAAGAAAUCCUGAACAUAUUAAAAGCAACUUCCUUUAGUUUGGAGGAUUUUGGGAAAGAAACCAACAGUCUUCCUCCAGAGGAUGAUAAUGGCUGGUUGGAAAUCUCUCCAGACACUCUGGAUCAGAUCCUUAAGGAGGUAUCAGGCACAAACAAGUCCACUCCCCCCUCAAAUGAGGAGGAACAGAACUAUGACUUGGCAGAGGUCACUGAAAGCAUGAAAGCUUUUAUAUCUAAAGUCUCAACACAUGAAGGAGCAGAAAUACCAUGGUCCCCUGCUGAGGCCUGCGUCACUUUUGAUGUUGACUCAUUCACAAAUGCAUUAGACAAAAUAUUGGGAGGAAAUUCAGAAGAGUUGGAUUCUGAUGAUUUGGAAGAGGAAGAAGAGUAUGAAUUCCUAGAUAGUGAUGAAGAGUCUGAGCUGGAAGCUGGUAGUAGAGAGGAAACAGCAUCUCAGAAUGAACCAUCUGGAACUCUCAAAUCAUACAUGGAUGAAAUGGACCAUGAACUGGCAUCCACUAAUAUUGGAAAAAGUUUUACCAAUCAGUCCAAAGUGAUUGGGUCUCAUAAAGUAUUUUCAUCCCAAGAUCCUGAGAGUGAUUUGAAAGACAACUUUGCUGCAGAUGACACUAACUUGACACCUGUGGAUAUAGAUUUAAACCUUGUGACUAACCUGCUUGAGUCAUAUAAUGCUCAAGACGGACUAGCAGGACCCGCCUCUAACCUUCUGCAAAGCAUGGGAGUACAUUUGCCUGAAAAUACAGACAACAAAUCUCACUAGCUGUUCAUUGAUGGAAAAAUCUGGUUUCCUACUCUAGGGAUAUGUUGCAUAGGAGCACAUCACAAGAAGCAGUUCUUUUUCUUUUUUCCCCCUUUUGGAAUGAAGGAUGAAAGGUUUUCAGGACUUGGCUGACCAGUAUGCAAGCAACUUUAAAUACACGCAAGCAGCAUCUAAAAAUACAAAAAUAGUCUUCAUAUUUGAAAAAACAUUUUAGUAAUAUAACUAGGAUGUCUUGAAAAAAUGGAGCAUAGCAAAUAUUUUUCCAUAUGACUUUUUAUAUUAAAGGUGUUGGAAACAAUGUUGGAAGGACACAAAGGGCCUUCUGUAAAGUGGGUGUUUGUACAAAGAAAAGAAAAAACACCAAGUCUUACCCAUGUUCCUUUUGCUUCCUAGUUGUAAUACCUCAAAUAACCUGCAAUGAGAUUCUCUUCAUACACAGUGAGGCCUUUUUAUAUUUCUUUCCAACAUUCAAUAAUUAGACAUUCAAAAUGGUGCAGGAAAAAAACUUUCUUUUGACAUCAAUGAGGUCAAGCAGUUAAGAGAAGGCAACCUUAAUCUGUUGAGCUGAUUAUUACUGUUAAGGUUUUUGUCAUGUUUUGUAAAGAUCUAUUUUGUUUUUGAACUUCAAAAGCUUCACUAUGUACAGUGCUUGUACUAGGAUUGACCUGGCUUGUCGAUAUUUAGGCUGCAACUAGCAGGAGGUUCAGGCCUGUUUUACCUAAGGAGUCACUGUAUGGUUUCCAGGCCAGAUGUUGCUGAGUCAGAUCUUGCUUACAUCUUAAGUCUUAUGUUUCAGUCUUAAAUACAUCCCUUUCAAAUGGCCUUCAUCUUCCCCAUCUGUAAUAUUAAUGUUAAUUCUAUAAGGUGCCAAGUGAUUAUAUAAUCACUCCAGCUUGUGAAACUGAACAAGUUUAAUUUCAAAUAACUGACCGUCUGUUAAAGUGUAAUGAAAACAGAAAGCAAGAACUGGCCCUCCUCUCUGUGCCCUUCCCACAUUUGCUCUGGACAGUUGGGCUAACCUCUAGAACAGAUUUAGGUGGCACAUGGGAAGGAAGUUGUGUUGUGCUGGCAGUAAUCCAUAUGCUGGCAGAAUGAGUUAAUUGAAUGCCACCCUAACAUUUGCUUAGCGUUCUUUUCAUGCAUUUUUGUUAAAUAAUUUUAAUGGGAAGGAUUUUUCCUGUUCUCCAUUAUAGCUUGUAGUGUUAGAUAUUUUAUCUAAUUUUAUUUGUCUAGUGAUCUUCCACACACCAACUGUCACAUAAGUAAACAUAUUCAAAAACGGCUGCAAGAAAA